AUGAAUGACUACAAACUUAAAGAAGACCCUGUAACUAAGGAGAGAACUUUCAAGAGAUUUGCUCCAAGGAAAGGAGACAAAAUAUACAAAGAAUUAAAAAAAUUCUAUUUUUAUUCUGAUGCUUACAGACCUUUGAAGUUCGUGUGUGAAAUGAUAAUAGAAGAGUGUGAAGAUGAAAUAUUCUCCCUUAUUGCCCAGGAGGCAGAUGAUCUAGCUGAAAAGCUGUGCAGUGAGAAAUCAGGUCUGUGUGAACCUCCUUCCACUAACCACACUGAACUCUAG